AUGAGGUAUUUUCUAGGGAUAGAAGUUAUGAGAUCCUAUCAAGGGAUCCUGUUGAACCAGAGGAAAUAUGCACUUCAACUGGUGUCUGAUCUAGGGCUGGGAGCAACAAAACCAGCAGCUACUCCACUUGAUAUGAAUCAAAAGUUCACCUCAGUUGAGUUUGAUAGACAUGUUGGGUUAGCUGGAGAUGAUAUGUUGGCAGACAUUUCAGCCUACCAAAGGUUAAUUGGAAGAUUGAUAUACCUCACAAUCACCAGGCCAGAUAUCAUAUUUGUUGUGCAGACAUUAAGCCAAUUCAUGCAAUCUCCUAAGCAGUCCCACUGGAAAGCAGCAGUAAGGGUAGUAAAAUACAUCAAACAGAAUCCAUGA